UACUCAAGGGCACCCUGAAGUACUCCCAGAGCUUCUUGGUGUGCUCUACGGUGCUUCAUAAUGGCAGUGAGUGAAUGAAUGAACAAACAGGUUGUUCAGACCCAUAGAGCAGAACACAGAUAAACCAGAUGAAAACUAAAGUCCUCUUGCAACUUGGGGAUACAUAGAGAAGUGACAUAUCUUGAGUGUGCAUACUGCAGAAAUUACUUUGCCAUGCUACACAAAGCUGUAAUAGCUGGCAUUGCCGGAUGUUUGUACGUUGCCAGCAUCCGGCGGCCUGAUCUGUAGGUGGAGGGUGGAGGAAUUUAGGUAUGCAAAUGACUUCUCUGUUGGGUCAAUCUGAAGGAUAUAAAUAUUGACAGAAUCGUAUCAAACAGUUCACUACAAAAUCACCCUCGCCAAAGAAAAAUGGAAUUAUUUUAUGCUCUGACGUUAAUAGCAGGAAUUCUCCUUGCUUUUCUAUUAUGGGUUUUAAUUGAAGCUUCUUAUCAUUCCUUCAAGACAAAAACUCCUGAAGUUGACCAGCCAUCAAAGCUCAGCUUCUAUAAUUGGCUUUUCACUAUGAUUGAAAAUCUGGCAAAUAAAUUAGCACGUUUGGGUAUCUGUAAGAAGCACAUACUUAUAAGGAUGUUUUCUAAUGGACUGAUAGCGUGGAAGUCUUCAGAGCUCCUCAUAAAGGAUCUGCACUUUGGUGAGGUGCCAGUGAGGAUCUACCUCCCAAGAUCACCAUCUGCCAGCAAACGGAGGGGAGUCAUCUUGUUCCAUGGAGGAUGUGGGAUGUACGGAAGCAUAAGAAGCCAUGAAAGAAUAUGCCAGCAAUUAGCCAAAAAGUCUGAUUCUGUGGUGGUGUCUGUUGGGUACCGCUUGUCCCCUGAGCACAGGUAUCCAACCCAGAGCUUGGACUGUAUCAAUGCCACCAUCCACUUUCUGAAGACUGCAGAAAAUCACGGCGUGGAUCCCGAUCGGAUCAUUGUGUGUGGGGACAGUGCAGGGGGAACUUUUGCGACUGCAACUUGCCAAGAGUUACAGAACAGAACAGACAUCCCAAAGAUACGUGCCCAGAUCUUGAUCUAUCCAUUUGUCCAAGCCGUGAACCUCAACCUGCCGUCUCACCAGAAGAAUGCUUCCUCUGGCUUGCUGUCCCUGGAACGGAUGGUCAGUUUCACUCUGAUGUACCUGAGGAAGGAUUGCUCUUUGACGGGAGAUAUCUUGGCAGGUUCUCAUGUUCCUGAGAGCAUGCGUUUGAAAUAUAGGAAAUGGAUACAUCCAGAUCUUAUCCCGGAGAAAUUUAAACAGGACUACAAGCCACCAUUACCCGCCUCGUAUAUACCCCAGGUCCAUGAGGAGAUGAAAGAAACGUUUGAGACAAGGUUCUCACCACUCUUAGCAGAAGAUGAUGUCAUUGGCCGCCUACCUGACACCUGUAUUAUCACUUGUGAGCACGAUGUGCUCAGGGAUGAUGGGCUGUUGUACAAGAAGAGGCUGGAGGACAACAACGUCAAAGUGACCUGGCACCACAUUGAAGAUGGCUUCCACGGUGUGCUGUGCUUUCUGGGUUAUGGUAUUUUCUCUUUCCCCUCAGCAAGUAAAAUAAUGGAUCACAUUGUAAACUUUAUAAAAGGCUUUUAAAAUGUCUCCUUCAAUACACUGAACUACUAUGCAGAGUGAGUGCACUUCAGUUCAUCAUUCAGUAUCAUAAAGUGAUAACUUAUGAUAGUGCGACCUGCUGACUUCUGGCUUUCAGUUGCUCCUACUUGGAAACACAAUGUGGUUUCUAUCUUCCUUUCUGCUUUUACCCAUUAACUGGUAUCCUCAUUUUCCUUCUUUUUUUCUGUUUUAAGAAAUUUUGUUCUUUUGUCAAAGAACAAAACCUCACCAUUAAUACAGCAAAAGACACUUUAGAGACUAGAAUUAUACAAAUAACCACAAACGCACGCACAUGGAUCACACGCACAAAAAGCAGUAUGAGAAUACAGAUAAAAUGCUCCCCCUAAAGCCUCUGGAGGAUAAAGAUUCAUUCACAGUCCCUGAAACGAGCAGUGAUUGCUACUGAUCCAUAGGCAUAUGCAGCCCAUGGGUUUGGAGCUGGCUGUAAAAUCUGAAGGGGGGGAAUGGAGGGUAUUUGCAGAUCUCAGCUUACAGCACAGUGGGUGGCACAGAAGAGAGCAACAGAAGUCAAAGCAGUUGGAGCUUCCCAUGUCAGUACCUGAGAGUGGCAACAUGGAAGGGUCUCUUGGCCUUUCAGGGUCCCUUCCAACUCAAACAAUUCUACAAUUCAAUGAUUCCAAGUGGAUGCUGACAAACAUCACUGGAUGUCCUCUAAGCUAUAAUCCAUGAAGUUUCUUUCUGAGAGGCAUUUACUUGUAUUCAGAGACAGACAGAGCACCUUUGUUAACUGAUAAUGCAGUUAUUAGAUGAGAACUUGAGGGUAAAUACAGAAGCAUCACUAAAACAGCAAGAAUUGCUUCUGCUAAUGUCCAAAACAAUGGGAAAACAAUCACCAUGGAAUCCUUUUGAGUUGCAACAUUAGCAUAGAUUUGUUAUUUAGGACAGGUCCACAUUUAUAAACACAGAUGCCUGGCUGAGUGCCAGAGCAUGUCAAAAGAGCUGGCCAUGCAAUGCCUAAGAAUUGUAAAACAUUUCAUCAUUCUUAUGCAAUCAUAGAUUAAAGUGUGGAAAGAAGGCAGGGCGUUAUCUUUCUUCUCCCCCAGCUGAACUGUGAGUAGGAAGAAAAUGCUGGAUUAAGUUCUUCUCGCUGUCACCACAUUAAUUAAAAGUGGUGACACAAUGGCACUUACAAACCUCUGGAGCAACCAGUAGUUACUUGUGAAUUCUUGUUCUCUGUAAAAUGAAAUGGUGUUUCUUUGUGCUCCAUGGAUACAAAGGGAGUUCGGUCCCAUUCUUCCUGUUGCUGGUGUUGGUAAUUUACUCUUCAAGCAACGAAAUUCUUCCAAGAGUAAACAAAGUAAUGAAGCUCACAAAGUUGUUCUGAUUGAAGAUUACAGCAUUUGUUUUGAUAAUAGGACUUGGUGUGAAAUUGGCAAUUCCUUUGGGUUUCUGACCUCACUAUGAAGGUUGGCCUACUACUUCAUGUGCUGGUAGCAUCAGUUGGUCCAGAAGUGCACCAGGAUCUGCUAAGAAAGCUUUUAGUCCAUGGCAAUGUCUUUUCUGCCACAUCAGUAUUGCUAUCUGCACAAGAACACUCACAGUUAGCUUGAGGAUUUCUCCAUGAAUUCAAUCAAACCUGGGAAUCAUUGGCUUAUCUUUAUUCAGGAUCCAUUUAUUACACGCAUGGCAUCUUCACAACUGUCCUUCUGUUGAUUCUCCAAAGUUUCUGGAAUGGAAGUCCCUCCUCCUGGCUGAUGUAAGGAGAGUUUGGUAACCAAAGUGACCUGAAGCCAAAGUUCAAAGGCCUCCAAAGCACCGCAUAUGACUCACUGCCCAUUGGUGCCCGGCCUCUCUAAACAACUGGCUUUGCAUUUGAGCAUCAUGGGCACUCGUUUCUAUCAUCCUGCACACAGCACAAAAAUAAGGGAACAAACAUUCACACAAAGAUUCAAGAAAUCAACAGAAGAGCCUCCAAAUAUCACUUUUGGUGUAUGUUUCUCAAAUCACCCGAAACCCCCCAAAGAUGGCUGCAUCCACACAGGCUGUGGCCAUCUCCUGUAAGGAUUAACCACCUUACCCCAUUCUUCUAAGUAAACCUGAUAAUAGAAUUUCCCAAUCUCAUUGCCUCACUUAAAACAAUAACAAUUUUCCUCCACAAUAUCCAAGAUUCUUAUCAUCACCGCUGAACUCCAGCACAUUUAAGACUCAAGACUUUUGUCUUGGCUUUUUUCCACUUGGCUUUUUUCCACUACUUGAUCACAGUGCUGCGUGAGCCCAAACGUGGCAAAGACAUGGAUAGAGGGGAACGUUCUGUACUUCUUGGUAAGCAAAUAGCACUAAUAAAGCUUUUGAACCAUGGUGUUGUCUAACAAGUGCAGACUACAGACUGUUGGCUUGUAAUGUUCUUAAUCCUCUUUGUUACUCUACUACUUUGAAAUGACCACAUGACUGAUAAUGAACUUGUGCAAUGUUUUUGUUUGUUUGUUUUAAGUUUGUUUGUUUGGUUUUUUUCUUCCACAUUAAAUAUCACAACAGCAUCUUUGUGGUUCUUGGAAAAGCCUCUCAAAUGUGCCAAUAUGAAAUA